ACUGGCAGCUGCGAAUCGAGAAGGCUUCGAAGUACUUUUACUUAGAAUUGCUCAAGGUGGAGAUUUCUUUUCUGGCUCGUAAGAGUUUAUUCAGCUUUCAUUCAAAUUCAGCUACCGCUAGGAUAUUUCUGGAGAUAUACUUGACCUGAGUGGCGCUUUUUGUCUAAAAGCAAAGCAAACAAAACAUCUUGUACUGAGGAAGUUCUCUGGAUAGAAUUGCAGGCUGUGAAGUUUUGUUACCAUGGCUGACUUUUCGACCACUUGCCAGACCUGUGUGGAAUCUGCAAGAGAGUUUCUACAGCUCGUUGGGGCAUGCACUCCAGAAGUCAAUCAGCGACUGACAAACCUUAAAGAAGUCAGUAUAAUUUUAUCCGGCUUGAUCCAAGAGCCAGUGGCUCGCGUCGAUCAGCAGUGGCCAAACCUUGCGAGAAACCUUUCCAAAUUACUUAUGUUUGGUGGGGGGCUGGAAUUGAUAGUGAGACUGGCUUGUCACUCAAGUAUUUUCAAUCAGGUAGAAGCCCAACAGAAAGCAGAUGAAAACAGUAAACUUCCACUACACCUGCAAAAAAAGGUCGAAGAGAUAGCGGAAUACUUGGAAAAAGGCCAAAAAAUUUUAAAUACCAUCGACAAGAUAAUGCAAUCCCUAAUGGAAAAGGUGCGUGAGGCAAAAGACACUAAUUUCAAGGGAAUUCGUGAUGUAGACUGUAAUGCUUUGAAAAUGGAUGAUGAAGAUUUGGAGUGCGAACUGAAGGCGAGUAAGAAAUAUUUGGACAGUGCUCAAGCGGCUCUUGACCAAUUCAAGUCAGAUAUAGAAGCAGAAAAGAGGAGCCAUAAAAUCAAAGUUUCUGCUUUUACAACUGGAUGUCUUGCCGUCUUAACGAUUGGUGGAGUUGCAUUGAGCCCAACUAUCAGCCAAAUGGGAGCCGUUCAGAAGUUUAGCCAGUACAUUCUAGGUGAGUUGGGAACAGUUGGGCUCACUGCACUAGGGAUCGGACUUACGGCUACCGCAGCAAGUGUAGCCCUUGCCAUUUAUUACUACAUAAUUUGCUAUUGCAAAAUGCUCGAUGAACAGGUUGGAAAGUUGGAGACUGAUUUGAGAAAAGCAAUUACAGAGUAUGAAGUCCAAGAGAUGAGAUUUAAAAAGCGAGUGAAAGAACGAAUGAACCGCUAGAGUACUCAUACUUUCACCAGCUAAAAUCAGUGUAGCUAAUUUUACUUUCUUAAGUUGCCGUAUUUUCUUCAUAAAACACCUGGUCAGCAAAUUAAUUGAUACGAUUCCAGAAAUAUCGAUGUUUUUUAAGAACCAACAUUUAUUUACGUGAUUCCCACCAUGUAUGAGCACAAUUCGUUUGAUCUUUCUUCGCUGUUUUAUAAAUGAUCUUAUUUUCCCUUUUUUUUAGUAUGGAUAAAAAUAUGAAAAAGUGUCGUUUGCGAUAUAAAGAAAAAGAGCCCACAAGGAUACUUUAUCAUCACACUGAAAGUUCCCGGUGUUUUAUCGAGAGAGAACGUUAUAGAGCUCCUUCACCUUAGCGUCACAAAAAAGUUUCAGAAUAAAAGAGGAUUAAGAUGUAGAUACCAUCCCCUCAUAGUCCGCACGAAAAAUUCUCCGGUGGUUAGCUCUUAAAUCAAAGACGCUAAAGUUACUUUGGGGACUGUAUCGUUUGGACUUAAUGAUAAAUGUAUUUGUAAGAGUAAAGUUACAAUUAAGAUAAACUUUUCUGAAAUUCAUAAUCCUUUCUCCAUGUUACGGACUAAAUUUUAUCUCAAUCUUACUAAACUGCAUAUUGCGACUGAAAGACGAUAAUACGAACAACUAAACAAGCGAAGAAUUAUUUCAAAACUGGAUUUGGAAAUAGGUCAAUUCUAUCUAAUAAUUGUGUAAUUCUUUUUCAUAGUCCUGCCAUUUGGCCUUGCAGUAGUUACCGGAGCUGCUUCGUUCUUGGUCUGGAUAAAAUCGGUUUCUGGAAGAAAAUGUUUCCCGAAACUACAUUUUAUUCUAAAAGAAAAGAGCUACUGGAAUUUAUCAACAGUCUUUCGCAAUUACUCGCAAGUAAUGCAAGAAAGGGAUCGCGUAAUUCUCAGAAUAGAAAAAUUAGUGAAAGAUUCGUUCUAAUUUCAAGCUUUUAUUUUGCUAAAAAACGAAAAAAAUCCUUUCGUUUUGUUUAGUUUCGAUUUGACAAGUGUCGUCCUUUAUAGCAGCCGUGACCGAAAAAUAUGCAAUAAAGGAACUCUCUAAGCCCAAUACAAACGCAUCAGGGUUUCAUAACAUCUUUCUGUUCAGCAGGUCAAAAAUCUACGUGUAAGCGUCAUUGCUGAACGUGUCAUAAACUGGGGUUACCUUAGCACAUGGUAAGGUGUUUGACAAAUAAUGGCGAUUGGACCGAGGCAGUCCAACUAUAUAGUGAAACUCGUAAUUGACAAGUUAACCCGUUUUUGUUUUUUUUUGGACGUGUCGAUGAUGAAAGGUUUCGUCUAUUCUUGGCUUUUUUAAACGAAAUAUUUGAUUGACAGAUGAAGGGAUUAAUCAAUCAUUAGUUUAACAGAAUAUUAUAUUAGUAUUAAGCCGAGAGACGAUUUAAACUCUGGGUUUCUGAAUGUAUUAUGAUUUGUUUAAGAGAAAAGUGUAAAACAUUCUUCUCGAUUAGUUUGUAUCGAUACAAGUAAGCGCUUAUAACAAACUGUGUACUCUUAUCAUAUUAGAUAUAGGCUCCUAUCUUAAUGAUAAGAAGUGCUUAAUAAAAUCCAAUUCAAGCUGAA